AAGUUACAUACCUUUGUCUGAUAGCGGAAAUAUUAAGUGACGAUAUCAAAACUGUAUUAAAUACUUAACGAACAUUAUCUGAACACUUGUAAGUGGCUGAAGCCGAAAGAGCAUUUUUGUUUUGUUUAUCGGUCAGCUUCAUGUCAGUCAGUAUGCUAUAUCAGUGAUUAUUGCUAAAUUGCCAUUGGGUAUGUUCACUUAAAUGACAGUAUUGCGAAGAAUUAUAAAUGAGCGAAGGCGCGAGCGCAACACAAAGGGAAAAAAAUGUUCGCAUAAACAGCAGCAACCAGCCAGUCUGUUGCCGUUUGCCGGAGAGCAAACGUAUCUCCUCACUGAGUACUGAGGCGCAUGUGACCGCGCGUGAUAGCUCUCGAGUGCCAACAGAUAACAGACUCAACAAUGGAUACACAUCGAAAGGAGGAUGAUGAAAAACCCGAAGCUCCGACGCAGAACUCUGACACAAUCCAAAAAGUUAUUGGGUCGUUCGGCAAAUAUCAGCUUUACUUAUGCGGUCUUAUAUUCCUCACAAAAUUUCCUGUAGCCUUUCAUCAAAUGGCUAUUCUUUUCCUGGCUCCGAAAACAGAAUACAUCUGUUUAGACGGCAACAGUACCCAUUGUCCAUGCGCUGAUCCACAAUACGAUACAUCUGUAUUCUCAAACACAAUAAUAAUGGAAUGGGACUUAAUAUGUGACAGGAAGUGGCUGACUAGUUUCACACAAACACUGUUUCAACUGGGAACAUUAGUGGGUAGCGUUGUUUUUGGAAUGGCAUCUGACAGGUUUGGGCGGAAAUUACCUCUACUGGCAGCGGUAGUAUUGCAAGUGACUAUGGGAAUCCUAGCAGCUUAUGUUCCUGGAUACUGGCCUUUUACGUUCAUUCGCUUCUUUGUUGGCAUGUCCGUCGGUGGUACAAUGGUCACUGGUUUCGUCAUCAUCAUGGAAUUUGUGGGAUCCCAGUACAGAGAUGUUAUAUCGGCUCUAUAUCAAGUCCCUUUUAACUUGGGUCACAUGUUACUACCGGUCUUUGGAUAUUUUAUCAGAAGCUACAAUACAUUCCAAUUCGCUAUUUCUUUUACAUCUAUAAUAUUAUUAUCGUACUUCUUCCUUGUUCCUGAAACACCAAGAUGGUUAAUCGCGAUGAAGAGGACGGAUGAAGCGGUGAAAAUACUGGAACGGGCUGCGAAAGUUAAUAAACUGCCAACGGACACGAUCAAGCAAGACAUAGAAAAAUACCAGAAGUCCAUAGAAAAUAAUAACCUCAAAAGGGGGAACAUCUUAGAUCUAUUCCGCACACCGAAUUUGAGAAAAAAUAUAUUGGCCAUGUCAUUCAAUUGGUUAACAUGCAGCUACUGUUUUUAUGGUGUAUCUCAGUAUGUAGGUCAGCUCAGUGGCAAUGUGUUUGUAAAUGUAGCAGCUAGCGCUAGCGUCACACUUUUGGGUACCGGGUGUUCCAUACCUCUGAUGAAGAUGAUAGGUCGAAGGACGAUCUUGAUAGUAUUUAAUUUUAUCUGUGCUCUAUGUUUAUUCAUUCUUGCUGUUCUGCCCCCUGGGCCGGGCACUGUGGUGUGCGCUAGCAUCGGAGUUGUAGCAAGUUUUAUUGUCUUCGUAGUUGUUUAUCUAUACUGCACGGAACUGUUUCCUACGGUAGUACGUAACGCGGCAAUUGGUUGUUCGUCGAUGAUGGCUCGUGUGGGAUCUAUGAUUGCGCCGUUUGUCGUCGGAUUGGGAGACAAAGCAGCGUGGAUGCCGGCCGUCGCGUUCGCUGUGCUCCCAUUAAUAGCCGGAUUUGUAACAUUAUUAUUGCCGGAAACUAAAGGCUGUGAAUUAAUGACAACUAUCGAAGAAGGGGAGAAAUUUGGCAAAAAAACACAGGAAAAUACAGAAAAAUAACAAAACUAUAUUUUUAGUUGAUGUAUGUCAUGUGAUUUAAAUGUAUUAUUUUGUACAUAAUAUUAUUAGAAAAAGUAGAUGCAUAUUAAAUAUCUUUUGAAUUUUUAUAGGUAAGUUGAUUUCUCAAGUGCGGUAUAAUAAAUUAUUGUUGACA